UCGCUCCGGGCAACCGCUGCUCUCGAGUGCUCGUCUUAAUCUCUGGCAGUGGCAGCUCAUCAGGUAGAAGACGGACCUUAUAGAGAGACGUUUCUAAAAACUUCAUCCUGUGAUGAUUUUUCAAAUAGUUUAACAGACAUGACGGACAUUCUGCGGCUGCUGUCAGAAGCGGACGGGCGGACUUUACCGACUCUCUCCCAGCUCUCAGAAAACGAUAUACAAUGUAUUUGGGCUGACAUAUCUGCCUACAUUGAACGUCAGAUGACCUUACAAAAGGGGGUCCACCUGACCGGACUGGGGACCUUCACCUUCUCUCAGCAGAAGUUGGACAUAGGAAACAAUUACACAAUCAUCCAACGACCCAUCUUCCUCUUGGCUGGGAAACUUGUCCAGUCUCUGGGUUUAAAGCAGGUCAGGCCACUGGCUGCAGCAACACACCUACCAGUGGUGCAGCUGAACUUUGCAGCUGUGUCACAAGAGACUCCUUUCAUUCGAGACGUAGUGGAGGGCUGCGUUAGAGAAACUCUUCUUCUCCUCUUCAGGGCUUUGGCCUCUGAACAAAACAUAUUCCUCACCUUCCAGGGAAUUGGAGUUUUGUCCUUCAAGAACAACAAGGUGCGGAUGAAGUUCAACAGAGGUUUUAUUAAUGCUAUGGAUGGAACUGGUCAGCUGCUGUCAGCCUUUAACAAGAGACCUGGGAGCAGUGUCUCUUUGCUGUCUGGUGGCCUGUCCAGGCUUCAGAGGCCACAGACUGCCAACCCCAUCACCCUGCCAACUGUCUGCUCUCCUCAGCCAGACAACAAAGCUGGGGACAAAGACGUAUGGUGCUUGUCACCAGCUCCAGACCAGAGGAAUGCAGGAGAAGUUCCCCAACAGAGACAAUCUAAAUCCCAUCAGCCACUGCAGCCUGCCAAGAUGAAAGCUGUCAGCCUGUCUGAAGAACUGAAUCCAAAACCCCCCAUGGAGGCCACAGACAAGCCCACCACCUCCGUCACACCACCAGAGUUCCCCCCCAAACUGGAGAAGCCUCGCGUGACCGUUAGCUGCACUGGCCACACUCGUGCUGGACAGGAACUGUGCUACCUGUGUAUGCAGCGGGCCCAAAGAAAUGUUCCAGUCUACCUGAGGGAGCAGCAGCAGGCAGAGGAGCGAGCUCAGGAGAAACUCUUACUGCUUAGAGAACAACAGAGAGACAAGCAGUACAUGGACGAAGAACAGGAGAAGCUGAAUGAGCAACGUAAGCAUGCAAAGCAGGUUGCUACAUUCAACCUGCAAAUGUCGGAGAAGAGAGAGAAGACUUGCUGCCCUCUCUUCCCUACUUCAUUCGUCUUCCCGGCUCGGCCCUUCACCCCUGCCAGGAGGAUCCAGCAACAUCGUUACAUGAACGAGCUUCAGAGCCAGAUAGACACCCGGCGGCAACACGAGGCUCGAGACCAGCAGAACCGUUGGCUCAUGGAGCAUCUAGACCAUGUGCAGCUGGUCCAGGAGGUAGCUUUGCAGAAGGCUCAGCAGCUCCAGCAGAAACACGAGAGAACUACACAUUACAAGAAGGCUCUGGACAUGCAGGUGGGAGAUAAGAAGUGCACAGAUCCUCCAGAGUGCCAAGCUGACAACUCCGGGUUCAACCGCUGUGCGACAGCAGCCAACAACGCAGAAGGCCGAGAGAGGGCACAGAAGCUCUUCCGAGUAAAUUUCAGUGCUGCCACUCAGCGGAAGAAAGAAGAACUGCACAAUCAUCAUGAACAGCUGGAUAAAGAGAGAGAAGUUCUCAAACACAACAAAAUGGAGUUUAUAGUGGACCACAUCAAUCGCUUUGAGAAGAAGCGGGACAUCAGUAAGUCCCUGGAGGACGAGUGGAGUCGCAGUGCAAAGCUCAAACACCAGCGAGAGGAAGAGGAGAGGCGCUUCCUGAGUUCUGCUGGGGAGCUCCUGGUAGAUAAACUGGCACAGUACAGGAGCUGCUGCCAGUGUAAGAGGAGGACCACCAACUGUGGAGAGACCCACAUCUGGAAGGACUCUCAAUACCUCUCUGGCUCACAAUUCAUGAUCUGAUGAUCAGUGUAGCCUACAGCAGCUACAACUUGAACAUCAAUACCUCAGAACCUAAACAAGACCUCAAUCCUUGUGCCUCAUCAUGUGAAAGUCACUAAAGAUUUAAAUGAUACGUUAAGCAUGUGAAGCAUAUACUUUAAUCGGCUGUGUUAAUGUGAGAUUUAUUCUCCUUUUGUUGGGCAGAGUUCUUGUUUGCUGUACUUUUAUUUUCCCUAGAAUAUAGUUGUUUUUGUUAUUUUGAAAUUUCUGAGUUCCCAGCUCCCAGAAAUUUCAACUGGACCGCAGCCUGAAGUCAGGCAAACGCGACCUCAAAACCCAAGAUGGCCGCUCCGCGUGCGGCAUCUACAGAACAAAAGCUGUGGUGAAUACCGUUCAUGAGCAAUUCUGUCUAAUUUGUUUCUAAAUAGAUCAGACGAACACAGUGCUGUCCAACUUCUAUCUGCAGACAUGUUGCUACGUUGUUUGUAUCUGCAAAAUACCGGUAAUACAAUGUAAUCAACCGGUAUCCCUAACAAUGGCUAACAUGGCUGGAGCAAAGACCAUUAAGUUUUCCGACUUGUUUUACUGGAAUGCCACCAACUUCGGUGUGACGUCAUUCCAAGCUCAGACUUCUGAGGUAAAAGGAACGCAGCAUUAUAUUCAGUUCAAAGAUCUGUUCACUUUGAAGAUUUGGUGUAAAGAUCUGUACUGAACCUCUAGUUUGUGUUUGCAAAAUACAGGUAUUAGUGUAGGUAUACUGUCCCCGCUAUGGCCUAGAUACCCAACCAACCCCCCUGAACACCAUAGCAACCACCAAGCAUCAAUUUAGUGACACUCACAGCAUCUAGUAGUACCAAACACCUAAGAAAUAACCGCAGCAUCCUAACAACUACUGAGCAAUCAACUAGCAAUGCUACGUCUGUUAUUUAGCAACACCCAAGCGCACGUCCCUUGAGAUAAAUUUGUAAUUUUGGGUCAUAAAAAUAAGACUGACUUGACCCGACCCCCAUGAACAAAGCUCUACUCGGGUUCUUAUUUGGUUAAGUUUAUAAUUGGAGACAAGUUGGUAGAAGUUAAUCACUACCUAGCUACGGUAGUUAGCAUGUAGGUAGAAGUCAAUGCAUUUUAGUACUUUGUAAACAGUACAUUCAAGCAUUAUUUCCCAGUAAACCUUUAGAACUGCCAUGGAGAAAAAAAAUGACUCACCGAGGUUAAAGUAAAGUAAAACUGAAACGAAACAAAAACAAGCUACACUGAAACUAUAUUUCCUGGUUGUAAAACUGCUAAAAGUAAAAUAAAAAUGAACAUAAUUAUAUUUCUUAGCUAUACAAUAUCACUACCAAAAAAAGGAGAUGAAUUUCUGUCAGCUGUCGUGACACUAAAGUAACGCGGUGACAAAACAACUUUUCAAUUUGGUCGCCAAUUUACUGACACAAUAACUAGGUUUUGAGACCUGAAACAAAAUGUUGUGGGUACCUUUUGCAGACCUGCAGUAGAGUGAUGUCACAUGAAACAGUUGUGAGACUUAGAGUUUAGAGAAUGUUGACUGUUUCAAAAAGAAUGAGCCAAAGGAUUGAGGAAAAACUGUUGUUUUUUUUAAGAUUCUGAUACUUUGAAAAUUCAUGAUUUUCACCAGUGCAGCAGUGGUGAAGGGAGUAAAGAGACUGUCUGUUGGGCGUUACGUACUUUGAGGGGCAGCUGUCCCAUGUCUGACCCCGACAAGUGAUGGGGGAAGUUGUAUAUGCUACAGUAGGCAUACAUACAAAGAAGUACAUAACUUACAGAGAGAUGAAAAGCAAGAGGGCCCCAACAUGGGCCCCAAGUUUGUGAGGACUGCAGGGUUAAAAGGAAGGAAACGCAAAACAUUACAAAUCAUUGUGUGUUUCCUCAGAAGCUUGAAAACAAAUUGGAGCAAAGAGAAAGUGAGGAAAACAAAACAAGAUGAGGAUGAAAGAAGGUAUGUGGCUUUGAUAUGGGAGGAUGGGUUCAUGCAGUGGGGAGUUUCUAUGGAUGAUGAAUGUGUUGCAGGAUCAUGACAAUAUUAUUCUGGCUGUAGUCCCAGUUCUCUGUGAACCAGAUCUCCCUUAAUGAGCUCAUGGAGGCAUUUUGAAGGUCUUCGUAUCAAAACAGAUGCACAAUUAACUGCCCCACACACUCUGGGUGAUUAAACUGAGGGACAGAUUGUGUGUAUGGAUAAAAACGUGUGUUAGUGUGUGUUGUGGUGCAGAAAACAUACUGUACCUCACAACGCAUUCUGUAUCUCAGAGAAAGAGAUGUGUGAUCGAGAACAGGACCCACCCUGAAGCUAUUGAACUAUUUAUUGAACAAUAAAUUACUGCUGCAGCCUUACUGCAACUCACAGGAGUACUUUGAAAACAUUACUUAUCCUUGGGGGGUACAUAUUUGUAUAAGCUUGUAAACAAUUACCCGAUGAGCUAUGCAUGGGGAAAUCCAUAUAAGCGUCAGACACAUGGUCAUACAGUAGACCAAAUUUAGUGAGUGAGACAUCCCUCACCUACGUCUUUUUUCUCCUCUGCCUCAACUGUUUGAAUGUGUCUGUGUAGGACCCACCCAUCCCCUGCAGAGGAUUGUGGUGUGUUCUACAACAGAUUUGAAAAACCCUCAUGGACUUCCCCUGAAGUGAUGUUGCAAUACUCUGAAAACUCAAUUGGACUUGCAAGAGAUCGACCCUUGACGAACUGAGGGAGUGAACUUGUUGGCAUGCUGGUGUUCGGGCUUGUCCUCAAGGAGGCCAAAUGUGUUUCAUUUUUAGGUUCACGAUUCCCUAUAAAUUCACAACCAUUAGUUGAAAUGUCACAAAAGCUACUCAUGCUUUAAUCUUAUUUUCCAGUGCGGAUUAUUUGCUCUCUGGUGGUUUCUUGGGUUUGAGUGAUGAAUUAAAUACUGAGGAUUUAGGACUUGAAAUCAAUAUCUGGUGCUGGACACACAUGUCUGAUGGACAUGUGUGUCCAUCAGACCGGCAAUAGAGAGCUGCAGGAAUGGCAUCUUUUUGUCGAGUUGCUGUGUAGUUAGUUGCACUAACAAUAAAUCCCAAAAUGCUGAUCUCCAUGGACUCAUUGUUGUCUUUGAUUAGGCUCACUGGGGUGAUGUUGUCUGAGCCGAGCCACUGGAGAGCAUUGAGGGGUUCUAAUAAGAGGGGUGGAGGACACUGCCUCAUGGGGUAUCUAUGCUCACCCGUGAGAAGCAGACAGCAUGAGACCAACGACAACAUACUUAUACUGUUUGUCACGCACAUGAUGACUGAUGGAAUAUGGAGGGGGUUAUGUGAGGCUGAGCAAAUUUGCUCUGCAUCAGCACAAAAGUGUCCUCAUAUAUUUGGCUCUAAUGUGAAUUUAUUUCCUCAGGAUAAAAUCUUUGAAAUUAAGGAAACUUGUGAAACAUAGUGAACACCCUCUGUUUCCCUCUCUCUUUCCUCCGCCUUUCUCUUUAGUGUGUGCGCUUGUGUGUGUGUGUGUGUGUGUGUGUGUGUUUCCCAGGGCCAGCAGAUCCAAUGGAUAUUCAUCCUAGUUUUACUGGCAGGCAGAAUGCGGUUGGCUUUUUGACAGCUAGUGUCCGAGCUUCAUUUCAGAUCCACAUGUUCCCACCCUGCCCACAAUGACCCGAGCACAAUCCCCAUGAGCCAAACACAUCGUGAGAGCAGGCGGGCUGCGUCUUUGAGGGACAACCAGCACAUGAUCAGCUGUAUACUCUAAUGGGGAACGACACUGUGUGUAUGUCGGCUGUAAGUAAACCUAUAUGUAAUAUAAAGGACGAAGAGGGUUCAAAUGAAGUAAGCAGGAGAACAAAAAGGUCUUUCUAUGUUCAUGUAGUUCAGACACUUUUACCCUGAAUACUGUGUGAUGCUCUGAGUCUAAAUGAUUACACUUCAACACUGGUCAACAUCAUGGAUCAAAUUAUUUUACGUAAUGUGAAACGUGCUGUCCAAAGUGGCUAACCCAUAGAUAAUUACUCUGCAUUUCCCUCAACUCACUGGUUUUAGUUUUACAUCCCACAACUUUACUGUUUGGUUCACUCUCAUUGCUCUCAUAAAUCUUGACUCCUUGUUUUGAUUAAAAAUGCCCUGAUGAACCCACUGUACAAAGAAAGUACAUACAGGUACAUACAUUACAUUUGACCUUUAUUUAACCCACCAUAAGCAUUAGGUGCAGUAGGCUGUUAUUAAGAGCCUGCAGGGAACAACUUGGUGCUUCACUCAAAAACACAUGUAGUCAGCAGGAGCUAGGGAUCAAACCAUCUACUUUGUUGUUAAAGGACGACCCGCUCUUUCCCCUGAGCCACAGCUGCCCACCAAAGCACCAAAUGGCAAAGUUAGGAACUAGCUGGUGAACAUAGUGGAGGUGCAGUUACUGUAUGUCUCCACAUGUUGAACGUGGUGAUCUUGAGUGCAAAGUUACAGGUUAUGUUAAAAAAAAAAGUAUUGUUCAGGACAAGCACAUCCAGGGUGUUAUAUUGUCCCAUUGUGUGAGAGGGAUCGGAGUGUAGGGUAAUGUUAGCAGCUGUCUCCUGCCUGCCCCUUACUGGAUUUGGGGACGUUUACACUCCAGCAACCACAGCAAACAAUACCCAAGAUUGCAUUACAUUAGGCAGAUAUAGGUUAGUCCUCAUCGUGACCGCCUUUUCUCUUAAUGUUGAAGGUGAAAACAUACUGUUGGAAAAUACACGUAUGGUGUAUAAUAAAACAGGGUGGUGUUCGAACAAAAUGUAUUUUUUAAAAGUUUGUGAGGGAUUAGGGCUUUCUCAAUGUCAAAUAAAUUCACAAGGGUUUUCUCGCAGACAUUUUGGGCCCAUUACGCACACUUUCCGUAAAUCCGCAUUUCUGCAGACUUUGCCCGAGGGAAUUACAGCGAUUCAUAGAGUUGUGACAUUAAACACAGGGUUACCAGGGGAAGCCUAUAGAGGCGUUUGAAAAAAUAAAUGAAUAAAUAUAAAAGGUCAGCAAAGACGACGGCCCGUGGCUGCCUGCCAUAUUAAAUUGAAUUCAACUGGUUUCAUCAAACAUUUCUUUUCAUUUUGCUUAAUGAUGCUGUUUUGACAAAAUAAAAAUGUAAAUUGAUUCUUUGACAAUUAUCAUUCGUCUGGUGUCAAGGGGUCACUUGUUGUGUUGUCGCAAAGUGAAUGUAAAAACAAGCAAGGCUGUUAGUUCGAUACAACUGAACGAGCAGGAUUACAGCUCUUUAUUGACAACGUUGUCCACUGUUGGGACUUUUUAAAACGGAAUGAGCAGCUAUGAGUUGAGGUUUGCAAUCACUUUUUCUCACUGACAAAAAAAUCUAAUCAGAUAUCAGAAAGAAUUGAUGACAAAAGAGAGAUAUGUUAUUGAUUAGAGUGACUUUCAGCACAACUGAGAACCAAAAGCUGUUUCCUGCGAUGAAACCAGUGCAGGCGAGAGACCAGAAAAAACCACGCCUGCUCCCUUAAGCCCUUAACAGCUUGUCCAACAUUUUAACGCGUGAGUGCACACACACACACACACACACACACAAACACACACACUCUCACAUGCAUACACAGUCUCACGAAACCAGAGGGCAUGCCAUGUCACACACUCUGCAUGUCAGAAUAUGUUAUUUCCUGACGAAAUUAUACUUGUACUGUUCUUUAGAAGCCUCCUCCUUUCCUUUUCCUCUUUCCGAUCAUAAGGUACAUCCUAAUGGUUCGCACAGAACUCCCCUUCUCCUCUUUUAUGCACAUUUUGCUUUUUCUCUAAACAGCUAUAGGAUCAGCCUUCCUCCUUCUCUUCACAUUUUUGGUUGAGACUUUGAUUAAUGUCCUUCUAGAUGACUUCCUUUCCUUCACCGCCACUUCUCCACAUAUUUAUCCCAUCGUACUUUCAUCUAUCCAUUUGUGUUUGCCCGUCCCACAGUGUUAUAUCCUGUCCACCGUAACGCAACACACAUUUCUUCAGUUAUGAGCAUGAAGACACAGCUGCUGCAGGGAGGUCACUAUGGAUGUGCCGAAGCGCUUGCUGUGGUUUUGUGGCACGAUGCUGUUAAAUUGUACUGUACAAUGUCAUUAGAAACAGUUGCUUCACAGGACUUAAAACUGCUCAGCCAGUGAGCUGCAAUUAUAGCUGAGCUUAAUGAGAUCUAUGUAAAGCGGAAGAUAAAUUAGCUCUAAAGCUUCUCAAACAGAGUCUGCAGCUGCCUUUGUAGCGUGUUGUUUGACAUAUUUAUUUGCUAGAAGGAGCAGGUGGAGUUUGCACUUCAAACUACUCCGAACUAACAUUAGUCUUUUUUUUCUGUUGUGUGUCUUUGUAGGUAUACGUACAUGUGCACAUCUAUGUGUUGUGUUUGUGUGUUUCUUAGAGUCCAACCCUCUCUCAUGCCCGUUUAUGGUCAAACUAUGCUAGCAGGGUCACUCAGAGCACAGUCAGUAGACACGGGAAGAUGGAGAGAGCGUGAUUGAGUGAUGGAGAGAAAGAAAGGAGGAGAAAGAGCGAAAAUACAACCUCUAAACCCAUUGGCCUGAUUACAG